AUGUGUUGCUCUAAAGGUCGCUAUUUUAUCGCCAAAAACCAGACUUCAGAGCCCUUCCGACCCCUCUCUCCCUCCCUCUCACUCGUUAUGAGCGCUAAACUGAAACCAGUGUUCAUUGUUGUGAACGACUCUAACAUUCCGCGCAAAUGUGUGACAGCCAUGCAUUUUGUUUCAAUCAAUUACUGGUCACUCAAACCGAAGGCAAACAACUGUUCACUCAAUAUAUUUGUGGCAAUACUUUCCCAUCGAAACCAUUACCACAAGAGACAGGCGUUGAGACACUCUUGGCUUCAGACCGUCCAUCAGAUUAACGACAAUCACUCCCUAAUCACAGAUAAUGAAGAGCUUUGCGAUAUCAGAGUCAACGCCCGGUUCGUUGUCGGCACCAAAGACUGUCCGAUUGCCGAGCGGUUCCGCACGAGUCCUUAUUCUUGUCGUUGGAAUCAAUUGACAUUUAAUCCUAACGAUAGUCGCCUUUAUUUACAAGAAGUGAUCAAUGGAUCCGCUGAUAGCGCUGUUGAUACUCGACAGCCGUACAGAGGAUUUAGUUUUGUGAUUAGACAUUCAGUUGUUGUGACACAACUGGGAAUCCAUCGGAACUUUUUGAGUGACAAUCAAAACAUUACUAUUGUUUUACUCAACGCUCAAAAUAAAGCUUACUAUGGAUUCACUGAUUUUGAAUCCAUUGCUUACACAUCGGAGCUGUUUAUUGGACCCACAAUUGCAUACGAAAUAACUGAUCCAAAGAGUAUUGAUUUAUUGCUAACAUCUCAACAAGAGAUUCAAAAUGAAUGGAAUAAUGAAUUGUUAAGAAUCGAGAAAAGUAUUGCACAGGAAAUGAUUGACAACAAAGACAUACUUCUAAUUGAUUCAAUCGAUGUCUACAGGAAUUUAGCUGAAAAAGUCAUACAAUCGAUGAAAUUUUUCCGAAGAGUAUGGCCUUUAGAUUAUUGGGGCAAAUGGGCUGAAAAUAAUUACCAAUCGCCUCUAUAUCCAACAUUUGCGUGCGGUUCUGGAUAUGGAGAGGACGUAUCACUUGGCAUCUGGUUGUCUGUCAUUAAAGCAAACUAUAAAGAUGACAAACGAUGGGUUUGUAAUAACACUGAUCUCAAAGACAGAGAAAAAGGGCUCAAAGAUGUGGGGAAACGGUGUGUCGUAACCGCAGACCCGAUAUAUAGGCGCCUCGAGAUUCAAGAAGCACUCCUUCUGAAUGGUUGCGGCGAUCUCUGCGCCGAAGCCGCCAGUGAUGGGCGCCUCGUGUGCUAUGAGUACGCGACCCGUCUUUUUGACUGA